CUGUGACUGGCCCAAUGUCAGCCAGUUGGCUCCAUGGCUGAGCGGGGACUAGAACAAGAUCGCCUGGUUGCACUCUUAACUGUUAUCCUGUACUGUCUUUCUGCUUAACAAAACAUUCAAGAUCUUGCUGUAACUGGAUACAGGAAGUUAUUGGUGAGGUAGUGGUUUAAAAAACAUACAUUGCAGAUACCCAUUAGAUACCCAUUACUGUGCAAGCUUCUGGAGGAAAUAACACUUAGUAGCAUUUUGCAAGAGUGACAGAAUCUAGUUGUCUUUGUGUCUACCAAAACAUGUAAAGGCGGCUAAGGAUGCACUCCUGGCUUGGGCAUGUUAGGUACUUUUUUUUCUGUCUAAACUUGCUUAGGAUUGCCAUCUUAAUAGAUGAAGCUACAUCCUGAGACGAAAGACAUUUUGCUGGUUUCACAGAAACACUUCUGGCCUCCCAAUGUUCCAGGGGCUGCAGUGAGCGGGAUUUGUUCUGUCAGCUGUUCCCUUCUGCUGGUGGGACAAGACAUUGGUUUCAGCUCUGUAUCAUUCUCACAUUUACAGUGCUCUGCUGAAAAACUGAAGACUUUGAGAAUGAAUUUGUCCAUUAUCAAAGGAAACAUGAUAUCUAACUACUUUUAAUAUUGCUGAUACAGAGUGGUGGAACUGAAAAAAGACAUUGGUUCAACUUUGCAGAAAGCACUCUCAGAAACAACACCUUCAAUUUUCUUUACCAAAAGAAAUAACUAUGGCAGAUACAAAGCAUAUUCCGAAAUCGCCACAAACUGUGCCUGAUGCAAAAACCCUGUCUACUUCUGAAGGGAAGAACAUACCUGUUAGCAAAUCUGUGGAUUCUGUGAUACAGGCAGAUGAGAGUUACAGAAUGGACUUUCCAGAAAGGGGGGUUUGUGUUUUGGUGAACAAUAAAAACUUCCAUCCAGCUACUGGGAUGGCACAUCGAUCUGGCACAGAUGCAGAUGCUGCACGCAUCAUAGACACUUUCAGGACCUUGGGAUAUACUGUCAAGCCUUAUAACGAUCUUUCAUGUAAACAGAUUAUUGAUGUUAUGCAAAAUGUCGCCAGGGAUGACCACAGCAAGAGAAGCAGUUUUGCUUGCGUCUUGUUAAGCCAUGGAGAGGAUGGACUGAUCUAUGGUACAGAUGGUCCUCUAGAACUGAAAAUGUUAACAAGUAUCUUCAGAGGAGACAGAUGCAAGACCUUGGCAGGAAAGCCGAAGCUCUUUUUUAUUCAGGCUUGCAGAGGAACAGAACUUGACUCUGGUAUUGAAACAGACAGCAGCCCAGAUGAAAACAUGUGUCAGAAAAUACCUGUAGAAGCAGAUUUCUUGUAUGCUUAUUCUACGGCUCCUGGCUAUUAUUCUUGGAGAAACUCAUCAGAUGGAUCUUGGUUUAUACAGUCACUUUGCAUAAUGCUGAAACAACAUGCUAAAAAACUUGAACUUAUGCAGAUCCUCACACGUGUGAAUCGCAAGGUUGCAGAAUUCAGUUCAUAUUCGAACCAGCCAGGCUUCCAUGGAAAAAAGCAGAUCCCCUGUAUCGUGUCUAUGCUCACAAAAGAUUUUUACUUUUCACACUAAAGAUUCCUGUGAAAAGCUUAAGGUUUUCACACUGAAAGCAUGAAAGCUAGCAGCAGUAGCUAGCAUUGAUACCAUUUUAACUCUGAACUAGGUAUCAGUCUCUUGUGUCUAGGUUGCAGAUCUGCAAAGAUAUUUUUUUUUUAUGACUAGGACAGUAGGAUUAAUAUCUAUUGCAGAUACUCUGAUUUGGUAAUGGAAAUAUAUGUAGAAUUAUGGAAAUUAUCUAACUCCUUGGUAAAAAAGAUGAAAGAGCCAGAUCAAAUAAUCUACUACUGCUAGAGUAAAUAUAGGAGACCAUGAAGAGCAAUAAAAAUAUAAUAUUUUCAGGAUAAUUUUGAUAACAUUGCUGCAGCCAAAUCCUAAAUGUACUUACUUGGACAUAAUCUAUGUUGAUUUCAAUGGGAACUUUUCUCCAAGUCAAUGUAGUUAGGACUUCUAUCUGUACAUGAAUACAAUUUUUUAAAAUGGCAUGACGGCUAAGCUAUUAGCUUUCUUACACAAUUGUGUUUCAAAGUUCAGAGAUACUUGUGUGUCUUAAGUUUGCUCGUGAAUAGAAAUGGCUAAGCAAAAUGCUUCUAGGCCUUGCUAAAGCAUUUAAGCCACUUUAGAAUAUAUUUAUGGUGUGGAUAUUUUUAAGUUAAAGAUUCACCUCACAUCUUAGAUGACAAACGGUGCUUGGGUUAAGAUUUUAAUUCACCAUUCAAUUUAGAUUUUGGCAUUAUGCAUGUGGUAAUUUUGUGCAUUGACUGUAAAUUUAAUCCACUCCUAAAUAUACCUGGUAGCUAGUAGAUGCAUGUAAAAAAUGUAUGUCCCAUUUCCUAACUUUAACUUUUUACAAAAUACAAAACAUACUUAAAAAUAUAGUAGAAGUAGUUAUAUAAAAAUGUUCACCUACAAAUUGGAUUAAAAGAUUCUUCAUCCCCUUCAAGCAUGCUGAAAAAUGAUCUUCAGGAUAUGUGUGUCAAACAAAAUGAUCUGCAGUCUUCCACACACCUAAACUCAUGUUUGGAGAUAGUCUUGUAGGCCAUCCCCUUCUCAGUGUGUAAAAUCCAUAGCUAGAGUGUUUCUAAUAGCUGCCCAGCUUCUGCUUUAGGACUUCAUUGAGGGAGGUAAAUUAUUCCCAUCAUUGCCAUUUUAAGUUUCUAUAGUGUGCAACUGCAAUCUACCCUCUUGCACAUCGUAUAAGACAGUAUUUCAGCAUGUUGAGAACCUUCAUGUCCCCCUCAAAAAUCUUCAUGUGACCAGUCUCUUGACCAUUUAUUCAUAGAACAUGCUCUUUGGUGCUCUCCUAUUUACUUUAUUCCUGCUUGUCUAAAUCCUUCUUGAAAUGCAGCUCCUAUAGGACAUAAUAUAGGAAAUGAAAUGUGGAAUACAGUGGAACUAAACGUGAUGAGUUCGUUAUGGUUUUCCAAACAGGUAUGACUCCAUCUGAUGGAAUUAUCACAGUCAGAUGGAACUUAAAGUUUUUUGCUUAAUUUAAGAUAAGUACAUGUGCAACAUUCCUACAGUCCACUAAGUAACCUGAUGAGAGAAGUAAAUCAAAUUAACCUGGCAAGAUUUAUCUUAGAAAUCCAUUCUGGUUUCUGCUAUUAACUGCAUUAUCUAGGUGUUUACAAAUUGACUCCUUAAUAAUGUUUUUCCAGGUGAAAUUGAGGUUACUAAGCUCCGACUUUUUGGAUGUUCUUUCCCCCCAGCAUUAGACUACUUCUUUAUCUCCAGUCCUGUGACUUACUCAUUCUCCAAGGGUUCCCAGAGAGUAUAGAAAUGAUCACUUCUUGCUUCCAUAGAAAUCUGUAAUUUGUUCCAGGAAAGUAUCAACCACAUCAGCAUCUUGGUGUAGCAGCCUCUAAUACCCCAACCAUAAUGUUUCUCCAUUUAUUUUUACCCAGGUGUCCCCCAUAGGACUGACAUGUUCACUCUUGAACUUCUGUACAAUUGUACACAUUUAACAUAGUGCUAGCCCCCCUGCUUGCUUUGAACUCCCAUGGAUUUCAAACAGAAUCACAGUAUGAGCAAAAUAAUGUUGCAGUUACAACUAAAAGUGUGUGUGUUGGUGGACAGGUUCUCUUAAGUACAACUGAGUGCUUCUUUGAGUUGUAACCUUUCAUCUUGAUCUUGGUUGAGGACAGUGUGCUGGGCUAGGUUCUAUAAAACAAUAAAUGGUGGAUGGACCUUUCAGUAGCCCCAUUACUGAUGUUUGGUUGGCUUAACACUUAUGUGAUACUUUGCUUCUGAAAUUGGCUACAUGAACUGUUAGAUGCACUCUGGCCGGAACUCUUACCAUCAACAGUUGGCAUCUUAAAAAGUAAGUGUCACAGUGUGAUUUCAACUGGCAUAAUUUGUGUAUUUUUGAACUUAGGAUCAGCUAAAGAUAUCAUUUAAAUAUAUAGAAAACUCAGGAGCUGACUGCAUCAGGUGUUUGCAGACACAAAUCUUUUUUAAAGAAGUUUACAAUGUACAGAAUAGUAAUAUCAGAAGCCUGACUAUCAUUUCAGUGAAACUCAUUCAGGAAUGUAACUUAUUAAAUAUUUAUGUUUGACUGUUAAUGUUCACAUGAGAUUCAAUAAAUCAUGCACACUGUUUAAUUAGC